UGGACCAGCUUUGUAUGAAGUGACAAUAACAUAUUCGCAAAUAUUUUUCAUACUGCUAAUGGUUUUCGUAUACAAAAUAUUAAUUGUUUGAAUUCACCUCAAUCAGAAUGGAUUUUAAAAUAUUUUUAAUAACAGCAUACAUGAGUUUACUGCCGCGAAUAUUUUCUAGGACACAAAAGACCUUUGAAAUAAUGAGAUUUGAGUCAUGUUCUAAUUAUAAAGAUCUACCGAUUCAAUUGACGAGAGGAAGAAAACUGGGAAGUAACUAUAACAAUCGUAGUUUGGAAUUGACUAUGGAAAUCAAAGAGACCAUUGGUGGAAAGAUUGAUGGAACCAUCGAUCUUUGGAAAUGCGACUUGACUGGAUCACAGAAUACUUGUGAAUAUUAUGUGAAAGAUCUGAAAGUACGAAAAGUUUGUGAGAAAAUACCCAUGAAAGAUCAGCUAUGGAGUCCUUUCACUCAAAAUAUAAAGCCCGAUUUGGAUUGCCCUAUGAAACCUGAUACUUACCAAAUUAAUUGUCCUUUCAACAACGAAAUAUUCAAGUUCAUGCCGGUCCCAACAGGUGUUUGGAAGGCAAGAGGACUGCUGUUUAGCGAUGGCAAAACUGUUCUUUGCAUAGACUUUGAUAGCAGGGUAUUAGAGAGAAGAGUUUGAAUU